AUGAAAGAAGAAAGAAAAAACUUAAUAUUGGGUUGUAUCGCUAUUACCGGGGGAAUUUUGAUUAAUUUGACUUUCGGUUACUUCUACACUGUUGCUAAUAUGGUACCCUACAUAAUGGGAUAUGUACAAACAGCAAUAGAUCCUUAUAUAUCCAAUCAAGCUUCCAUAUGGCUAUCAGCUAUUGCUUUAGCAGUUCAAGGGAUUUCAAUGCCUGUCGUGGCAUAA